AGCCAUCUGUCCUUUGAUCCUGCCAGCAGCAGCAAAUCUCUGCAGGAAGGCAGCCUGGCCCGCGGGGGUCGGAAAGCCCAGCCGAGAAUGGAAGCGAUCCAGGCAAGAAGAGGAAGAGAGCAAACGUUCCUCCAGAUGGUGGCAUAAAUCUGAGCCUCGACGCCAUUCCGAUGGGCUUGCCAAUGUCCGACCCGGCGGCCUGGACCACGGCGAUGAACAACCUCGGGAUGGCUCCCAUGGGGAUGACGGGACAGCCCCUCCUGCCCGAUUUUGAUCCUGCUCUCGGGGUGAUGACUGGAAUCCCUCCCAUCAACCCCAUGAUGCCAGGCUUGGGGAUAGUCCCACCUCCCAUCCCUCCGGACAUGCCUGCUGUGAAGGAGAUCAUUCACUGCAAAAGCUGCACUCUCUUCCCACCGAACCCACAUCUUCCCCCUCCAGCAACGAGAGAGAGGCCCCCGGGCUGUAAGACGGUGUUUGUCGGAGGGCUGCCGGAGAACGGGACCGAGCAGAUCAUCAUGGAAGUGUUUGAACAAUGCGGGGAAGUCAUAGCUAUCCGGAAGAGCAAGAAGAAUUUCUGUCAUAUCCGCUUUGCCGAGGAGUUCAUGGUGGACAAGGCACUUUAUCUUUCUGGCUACCGCAUCCGGCUGGGCUCCAGCACCGACAAGAAGGACACGGGGCGGCUGCACGUGGACUUUGCCCAGGCUCGGGAUGACCUGUACGAGUGGGAGUGCAAGCAGCGGAUGCUGGCGAGGGAGGAACGCCAUCGCCGGCGGCUGGAAGAGGAGCGCUUCCGCCCGCCCUCCCCACCUCCUGUCGUCCACUACUCCGACCACGAGUGCAGCGUUGUCGCCGAGAAACUGAAAGGUACGGGUGGUGAGCUGCCUGAUGACACAAAGUUCUUGGAAGCCAUCCAGACCCUGCUGACCUGGAUAGAACGCGGAGAGGUGAACAGGAGGACCGCCAACAACUUCUACUCCAUGAUCCAGUCGGCCAACAGCCACAUUCGCAGACUGGUGAACGAGAAGGCGGCUCACGAGAAAGAGAUGGAAGAAGCUAAAGAGAAAUUCAAACUAGCGCUCUCAGGGAUUCUGGUGCAGUUCGAGCAGAUAGUGGCCGUGUACCAUUCUGCCUCCAAACAAAAGGCUUGGGACCAUUUCACGAAAGCUCAGCGUAAGAACAUCAGCGUGUGGUGCAAACAAGCAGAGGAAAUUCGUAACAUUCAUAACGAUGAACUAAUGGGUAUUCGAAGAGAGGAGGAAAUGGAAAUGUCUGAUGAAGAAAUAGAAGAUCCAUCAGAGAUGAAAGAAACGGAAGAAUCAGCGCUGGUGUCGCAGGUGGAAGCCCUGAAGGAAGAAAACGACAGUCUGCGCUGGCAGCUGGAUGCCUACCGGAACGAGGUGGAGCUGCUGAAGCAGGAGCAAGGCAAAGCAAGCAGGGAUGAAGACACAACCAAGGAGCAGCAGAUGAAGCUGCUCCAGCAGGCUCUGCAGGGGAUGCAGAAGCACCUUUUGAAAGUACAAGAUGAAUACAAAAAGAGAGAAGCUGAGCUAGAAAAAGUGAGAGAAGACAAGCUGAAAAUAGAAACGUUAUUAGAAAACCUGAAGGAGCAGCAAAGCAUGGCUGAUGAGGAGGACAAGGAGAGGGAUGUGACUGAGUGUCAAGGGAGUGAGAGCAGCGCGUCCCGAGCGUGUGCCUGCAGCCAGGAGAAGGAAUGUCCGGCUGAGAAGACGUUGAGCAAUAGUCCUGUGAAAUCGGAACGGGAAGUUCUCCUGGUUGGAAUAAUAUCGACGUUUCUUCACGUGCACCCGUUCGGAGCAAGCAUAGAGUACAUCUGUUCCUACCUGCAGCGUCUGGACAGCAAAAUUUGCACCGCCGAAGUGGAAGUUCUCAUGACUCGGCUCCAGAACACGUUCAGGCAGGAGCUGAGUGGGGUUGGGGCCAGCCUAGAGAAAAGGUGGAAGUUUUGUGGCUUUGAUGGACUGAAAAUGACUUGA